CAGAGGAAACUUAAUUCAUUUAAUAUUGUACUACUGUUAUAAGAUAUGGACUUCUUUGAUAAUAGUUGCUUCAGAUUCACUAAAAUUUUCUCUUGUAUUAUUGGACAAUGGCCUUAUCAAACGAAAGCGGAAAAAAUUAUUAUUUCAUCUAUUUAUAUAUUCCUAAACUCAACUUUCAUUUCGGUCACGAUAAUUGGACUUUCAACGUUAGAACUUAAUUUUGAUGAAUUAAUAAAUAAUGUAACUAUUAUCAUAACCAACGUGGGAAUAAUGAUAAAAUUAUUAAAUUGCGUCUACAACAAAAAAAAGAUGAAAGACCUUCUUAAUCGUUUUAAAUCAAAUUGGACAAUGAUGUCAGAUACAGAAAUUCAGACACUGCAAAAAUUUUCAGAAACAGGGAAAUUGGUUGUUAUAACAUAUGCCGCUGUUGUGUAUUCAUCAAUGUGCAUUUAUUUAAUGUCUUCAUAUGUUCCACAAAUACUUGAUAUUAUUAAACCAUUAAAUGAAUCUCGUCCAAAAAGAAGGGUUUAUAGAUCAAAUUAUUUAGUAGAUGAUGAUGAAUAUUUUUAUACUCUUUUAUUUCACGAGCAAUUUUGUUUUAUUUUAAAUAUAACAACCGUAAUUUGUGUAGAUGCACUUUACGUAAAGUAUGUUGAACACGUUUGUGGAAUAUUCUCCAUUUUACGGAAUCGAAUAGAAAAUAUUAUGAAUAUUUUUGAUUUGGAAUAUUCCGAAACUCAUACAUUCAUAACAGAUGAACAAAUUACAAAACAAGUUUCACUUUGCAUUGCUUAUCAUCGAAAAGCAAUCAAAUGUGCUGAAUGUAUCAAAUCUAUUUAUGGAGUUGCAUUAUUUAUUGAAGUAGGAAUGAAUAUGGUAUUAUUGAGCGCAACCGGAUAUGUGUGUGCUGUAAGAUUAGGAUCAUUAAAUCAAUUUAUACAAUUGGUUCCCUUUGCUUCAGGACAGGUGUUACAUUUUUUCUUCAAUGCCGUUCCAGGACAGCAAUUAAUUAAUUUUAGUGAAGCAAUUGGGGAUUCAGUAUGCAAUGCACAAUGGUAUAGAAUGCCUAUAAAAGCGCAAAAGCUUUUAAUUUUAGUAAUGUUUCGAAGUUUUCGUCGUCCUUGUACAAUUCAUGCAUUUGGUGGAAUUUUUACACUUUCCGUGGAAUUAUUCAGUGCGGGUAUGAAAGCGUCAAUAUCAUAUUUUGCAGUUUUAUUAUCAGUCAGCCCUACUAAAAAUAAAGACACAGAAAGUUAAAAAAAAUAUUAGUCAGAAUUUCUGUCGUUUUGAGACUGUUGUUGUUAAGAUUGCAGUAACAGAACGUCAGUUAGGACAGGUUUAAUCAGGAAACUUCGACAAUUUUUAAAAGUUUAUAUUUAUUUCAACACUAUAUGUUUGUUUUUCACGAAAUCAAAUUAUUAAUAUAUGAGUUUAUUAUGUUUACAAUAUAAUAUAUCUUUGAGAACUUAAAUUUAAAAAUGAUAACUAAAUGAUCCUUAAAAUUAAAAAUGAUAAGUUUUCGACAUAAAAUGUUUUUUAUAAUAAAUUUUAGAUAUUUGUUAUCGUAAAAAAUUGCAUA